GUGCCUGUUGGAAUGAAGCCGUGUUGGAAAGGACUUCAAAAGUUUUGGUGUUUUACCUCUUAAGAAGAAUAGUGUCUAUAUAUGAUUUUUUUUUUUUUGAUAUCUCAAAAGCAAAUCCUACAGAUUUCCUGAAAUUGUCCAUACCAACAGGGGACAGAAAAGAGGGGAAAUGCUCCUGAGAAAUGCUUGCAAUAAGCAGAAGGUUCCUGUGAUCCAGAUGGACUGUUCCAUCCUUGGACAGGCUGUGGCGCCUGCUGAGAAAAGGGAAAUGUACCCUGGAGCAGGUAGUGAAGGAAUUGAAUCAGAAAGACACUUAUGCUCAGAGUCCAGAGACUCCUCCUCAUCUACCAAGAGCAAAACCUGCUGUCUUCUGAAAACAUCCUGGAGACAGCGACUGCAGCUUGCCUGGCUGCUCCAGGCAGCCCCGCAUCCCUUCCCAUCCACGCACGGCGCUGCAGGAGGACUCCUCACACCUUCCGGGCAAUUCUGCAGCCCUGCAGAUCUGAACAGCACGUUCACCUCGGACUGUUGGAAGACCAGCCUUGCAUAUCUGAUGUGAUCACAGAUGGCCCUGGCCCUGCCCUCUGGGUAUGAAAUACAGACAGCAGUCAGCAGGACUCAACAGCCACAGAAGAUGGGGCUAUGAGAUCCACCUGGCAAGGGAAGGCUGGUCGCAGCCCACUCCAGGCCCUGUACGAGAGUGACCAGUUUGAACAGUCAUCACUGCAGGCAGUUCACCAGCAGAGACGGGAGCUGUUGAGCAACAUCUGCAACCGUUACACCCGCAAGCGGCGUCUCCUGCAGCCGGAUGACUUGCGGCACUUGGUGGUGGAUGAUACGCAUGGGCUGCUCUACUGCUAUGUGCCCAAAGUGGCCUGCACUAACUGGAAGCGAGUGAUGAUGGUCCUGACGGGGCAAGGCAAGUACCGGGACCCACUGGAAAUCCCCGCCAACGAGGCCCAUGUCUCAUCCAACCUGCGCACCCUCUCCGAGUAUAGCAUCCCUGAGAUCAACCACCGCCUGCGCAGCUACCUCAAGUUCAUCUUCGUGCGGGAGCCCUUUGAGCGCCUGGUCUCAGCGUAUCGCAACAAGUUCACCCGCAGCUACAACACGGCCUUCCACAAGCGCUACGGGACCAAGAUCAUCCGGCGGCACCGGCAAGAGCCCAGCGACAAGGCCCUGGAGCGUGGGGACGACGUGCGCUUCGAGGAGUUCGUCUACUACCUGCUGGAUCCCCGGACGCAGCGGGAGGAGCCCUUCAACGAGCACUGGGAGCGGGUGCAUUCACUUUGCCACCCCUGCAUCGUCCACUACGACGUGGUGGGCAAGUACGAGACCUUGGCUGAAGAUGCCAACUACAUCCUCCAACUGGUUGGGGCCGACACAAGCGUCAAGUUCCCAUCUUCAUCCAAGACUACCAGGACAACGGAUGACAUGACAGCCCAGUUCUUCCAGGACAUUAGCCCCUUCUACCAAAGGAGACUCUUUAAUUUAUACAAAAUGGACUACUUGCUCUUCAAUUACUCCAUCCCCUCGUACCUCCGCAUCCGAUGAGGCAGGGGCUGGGAGGAGAGGCAAAGGAGAGCUGGGUAACUCUCAUCUUGCCACAGUUCCUCUCCUCUCACCCUGAAAUUCCUCUUGGUUGACUUCUCCCCCAUGCCCUCCCUGUUACGGUCUGCUCCACAUCCUGAUGCCUUGUUCAUGCACAGCCUGGAAGGAGGACUCCUCUCAAAACACUGGGGCUGGAGCUUUUCCUUCCCUUUCCCUCCCACCCUUCAACAUCUACAGAGGAUGGUGGUGGGACCAGACACUAUUGGGUAGGAGGACUUGCCUUGGCUGGGGACUUUCUUUUAACUAAGAGACUCCUCUGUAGAUCCAAGUCUUGGGAAGGCUCCUUUUUCGGGCAGGAUCCCUUCAGGUCUUUCUCCUCCUUACUGGGCUGUUUAGGAGCGGACAUGGCAUCUCGGGAGGCAGGGUGGAGCGUGUCAGAGACUUGCAUAGAACCAGAAAUAAAGCAAUAAUUUAAUGUAAGUUUUUCCUUUCGUUUAAAA